AAUCUACAUGAGCAUGUCCAGUGAGCUUAUAGUAACUUCUAAAAUAGUGGAGUCUGGCCUAUUUGUAUCUAGUGGUUUUCUCUAGUGAUGCUGUCAGGACAUCUUUUCAUCAGAGCUUAUAAAAAUAGAGGGUCAUUAACCCUUUUAAAAUUGCUCCUGGUCAUAAGUCAAUUAGUGGAAUUCUUUGUACUUUAUUCUUCUUAAAUAGUUAUGUUCAGAUGAGAAAUUAAUAGCAUGAGUCUUUUAUCUCCAUCUCUAACCUUUAGGGUUUUUAUUGGACUUUGAAGUGUGUCUGGGUUUUAAAAAUUGCAUUCUGAGCAUCAGAAUGAGAAUUGCUGUUUGUUUACUUUUAGAUGCCUGUCUUAGAUGUCAAGCUGAAAACAAACAAGAGGAUUGUGUUGUGGUCUGGGGAGAAUGUAAUCAUUCCUUCCACAACUGCUGCAUGUCCCUGUGGGUGAAACAGAACAAUCGCUGCCCUCUCUGCCAGCAGGACUGGGUGGUCCAAAGAAUCGGCAAAUGAAAGUGGUAGAAGGCUUUCUUAGUGCAGUUGUUCCGAGCCCUGGUGAAUCUUGUUAUCAAGUGCUCUAUAAAGGUUAGAACACUCCCAGGGGAUUAAUUCUUCAAAUAGGAGGCGAUGGAUCUGUGGCCCUUUGGGACUUAUCAAAGGCACAGUUUAGCAUUUUGUCAGUUUUCUUUUCAGAAAUUCUGUAUAAUCAAGAAGGUAAUUUAUUAAAGAUUGUCUUUCCUACCUCUGUAGUGUGUGUCAUACACACUGCUUAGAAGUGCUGUAAAAAAAAGGAGAGAACUCCAAAUUGAAUGACCUUUAUAAUUUACCAUUGACAUAAAGGGGCUGUGGAAGCAGUUCCAUUCAGAGAAGAUUUUGCAUGCUUAUGAUUGAUCAGUUUUUAAAAAAGAGAAUGUUAUAGUAACAAAUAAAGUACAGUUUAAAAUCCAACCCUUAUCCUUAAUUUGUUCCUAAUAUUUAUUUUUGGUGGGGAGGAGAGGGCAAUCCAUAAAAUCUUUGUUUGAUAUAAUGAAAUUUUUAAUGAAAUUUUAUUUGAUAUAAUGAAAUUUUACUGAACAGGGUAAUAAAAUUUAAAUUUUGGGUGUGUGGAAUUUUGAUUGUCUUUUAAGUUACCAUUUUCUAUCUUUGACUCUCAUCAAGAAAACCUAGAUCUGUACUCACCUUACCAUUCAGUCAUUGAGUGGUAAAGGACAGAAGUAUUUUCUAGUUUUGGUUGGAUUAUGUUGUAAUUUAACUGUGUUUUAGGUAAAAUGUUAGUGAGGGGGAAAUGUUUACCAGUGUAGCUUUGGAUCAAAAAGUUUAUCACAUAAUGUUUUAAUAAAUGGUUUAUUCUGUUUACAUUAUUCGAAUUAUCAUGGUUACAAUUUUAUGUACAACCUUAAACUUAAUGUUAAUAAAUCAAUUUGGCAGGUAAAUGCUUUCAUUUAAUUUGAAAAAAAUUAUGUACUCUUUCACUUGGCAGUAAUAAAGUUUAAGGUUUAUUAUCUGGAAACA